CGUUAUGAUUCGGUGUACUGACGUCCUCACGCAGGGAAGCAGAUGACACAGAAGCAUGGAGUUAUCCCUCAUGGUGUUCUGUACCCUUCUCUUUGGUAUACUGUCAUGGAAGAUGAACAGUUUAGUUCAAAAGUACAAAACAUACAUCGCCCUGUAUACAUCUGACAAGGUCAUCAGAUUCGGAAAGUUUCAUCCAUUAUGGGGCCAUAUACAUUUGUUGGUUCCUCUGAUUAAAUUCCAAGAGUUGGCUGUAAAGGGAAUGCGUGAGACUGGAAAGAAGAUAACUUGUUACUGGCUGGCCUUCCUGUACCCAAUUCUAGGGGUGUGUCACCCGGACACAGUCAAGAUCGUCCUCAAGUCGAGUGAGCCAAAGAACAAACAGAAAGGAGGAGGGUACUUCACUCUUCUGCCGUGGUUAGGUGAUGGGUUACUGAUCAGUGAUGGUAAGAAGUGGGAGAGAAACAGACGAUUGUUGACACCUGCCUUUCACUUUGAUGUACUCAAACCUUAUGUACCAAUCUAUAACAAAGUCUUCGAUAUCUUCUUGGACAAGUUGGAUGAAGCGUCCAAUAGUGGACAGAGUAUUGAGAUUUACCACAGAGUGGGACUCGCUACACUGGAUACUCUACUACGCUGUGCCCUGUCAUACGAAGACAAUGUACAGGAACAGGGAUCUAAGAACCCAUAUGUGAAUGCGGUCCGGAUACUUACAAACAUCUCACUGAAGAGAAUCAUGGAGCCAUGGUUACAUCCAGAUAUAUUAUUUAAGAUGUCGCCAUCUGGAAGAAAAUACUUUAAACAUGCAAAGUACGUACAUGAUUUCGACGAGAGAAUUAUCCAGGAAAGAAAGCAAGCGUUGGCGGCCGACCCGUCGUUGAUUACAAGGCGUCGUCGAGACUUCCUGGACAUUCUAUUAACCGCCCGAGACGAGAACGGUACAGGGCUGACCGACCGUGAGAUCAGGGACGAAGUCGACACUUUUUUAUUUGAGGGUCAUGAUACGACAGCCUCGUCUCUGAGCUGGGCCAUAUAUUCCUUAUCAAAGAACCCGGAAGAGCAACAAAAAGUCUACGAGGAAGUGACGAAAGUUCUCGGUAAUAGGACACAAGUUGAAUGGUCUGAAAUAAAGGAGUUUACUCGCCUUACCUUAUUCCUAAAGGAGUCCAUGCGUAUGUUUUCCCCUGUACCUUCCGUAGGCAGGAUUACAACGAAGGAACUAGACUUGGACGGCCUCAAGGUUCCGGCCAAUAUUGAGAUAUACGUGUUGAUACAUGCUCUUAACAAACGGGAGGAUAUAUGGGGUGAUCCCGAGACACAGACGGGAAUAACUCAAGCAACAUACAUGUACAUUGAGUAAUGGUACAUGCUGACAUUCGACAUACAGCUGGUUUUCAUACAGAGGCUCAUUAGUGAUGCUAGAGGCUAAACGUGUGGAAAUGAAUUCAAAAGACUGUACAGUUGUUGAUUUUCGGGGGGAUUUAAUUUCACCAUAUUCGCGGUCAUUGAAUAUAGCGCGGAAAUAAAUAAGUAGCGAAUUUUUAUAUAUUCAAAAUAUACACAAAACUGUGUGUAAGUGUUUUCUGCAGGUGUUGUGAGAAAUGCUAUACCCGCGAACUAGUUCCGGCGGAGACAUUUUACCCGCGACUUGCCUCAAUUAAAAAAAUUCGAGGUCGAUUUUUAGCAAUAUUGAGCUUAUUGCGUAAUCUUGGUUUUGAAAAAAAAACGUCUUGAGGACAGGAUAUCUCAAGUUAUGUAUCAUUUAUUCUAAUCAAAUUACACAUUUAUAAACAAGGACGGAACUGAUAAAAUCCGGAGACAAACAGACAUAAACUGAAUUUCUAAAGGAUUAAAAUUAAUUUCAUUUCUCCUUCUAUGUCUUAGUAAAACUGAUUGUCAAACACAAUGCAUUCUAGUAAAAUAUAUGGUUGACUUCUCAAUUUCGAACUGUAAAGUAUUAUAUAUGAACAGACUGAGGUAAUUAAAUGAAGUUUACUUAACUUUACACAAAUAAUCAUGAUGUGCGAAGCGCUUUAACAUUAUGUUUACCUAUGUCAGAUGUUUUAUUUUACUUAGACAGCAUCAUAGUCGUAUUCCAUAGACAACAUACAUUAUAGUCGACUGUUUAGACUCAUCAGAUGUCCUGGUUUCUUCACCAGUGAUUCAGUUGAGGAAGUGACAAAAGGGGUCACUUUAUCUACGGAUAAUUUGAAUUAAUGUAUUAAGCUAAAGAUAUUCUUUGUAGGUCAAACAAUCAAGAGUUUUACUUUAUGUGUUUGAUAAAAUAUUGUUGUUGACAGAUGUAUUUGGGCAGUAGACACAUUACAGAUGUAGUACAUUUCAAAUGUUGUUAAUGUGAACAGAUUUCGAAAUUCUUGAAGCACAAAACAUGUAUCAAUUCAUACAUGUAAUAAAGUGUGCUAUAUGGAUACAUAUUUAUCAAAUGGCAAUUCUAUAUGAACAUGUAUUGUUAUGUCCUGACUAUAUGUUUAUCUUGGAUUUUAUGAAAAAAGAUCAAUAUGACCUAAUUUUGGAAACAUUGUCAGAGAACAGUGGAAAUUAAUAUCUGGGAUGAAAAAGAAAUGGUGAAAUUAUAAUAUUGUGACCUACUUCUAAUCUUUGCCAUUGGAAAACGGAAAAUGACAUCUGUGGUGAGCAUAUGCAUUAUAUGCUGGACUUUAGUUUUGCUAAAUUAGGUCACUGUGACAAGUAUUGUAAAAAUUGUCAUAGGAUAAUCAAAAUUGACAUGCAUGAUGCUGAACUUGCAUUUUGCAAAAUCAAGUCAAUGUCUGUUUCAAAAUUGUCAUAGGACAAUGCACAUCUGAAUCUUUAUCUUGGAUGAACAAUGGAUGCUGAACUUGAUUUUUUCGAAAUGAGAUCACUGUGACAUCUUUUCUAAAAAAGGACAUUUAAGAAUAAUAGCCCAAUGUAUUGAGUGUUUUGGAGCUAGGGAUGCGGUAUGUUGGUGUACAUUUUACAAUGACCUUUGUAAUUUUUGUGAUCACUCACUCGAAUCUCACUACAAUUAAAACGGAUACUUCUGUUGAAAAAUGUAUCAAUCAAGAAACCAGUCUAUACCUUCAUUGAAAUUUGUUAACUGGACCAUCGUGCUACGAUGCAGGAAUUGUAUUUUUGUAU